AUGGGGUGGAUAACUAGUUGGUGGUGGGCUAGCUUGGCCAUAGCUACGCUCCUCGUUACCAGGUCCCUGUAUCGCGCCAUUAUCAAGAUUUGUCAACGCCGCGACGAACUACGCUCUGGGACACUGCAAAACCUUACCCCCACGCUAAAGGAUGCUAAAUUCGAGAUCAUCGCCGUCCCUGGCCUCGGUGCACAUCCGAACCACACAUGGGAGGCUCGGAAAAACCUAGGACCCAGUGCCGCCGAAUACCAAAAUGCACAGUCUGCAAAUGUCCACCUGCUUAAAGACCUCCUUACGCGCGACUUCCCUGACGCCAGGAUCUGGAAUUUUGCCCAUGAAUCUCACUGGCUGAUUGACGCCCCUGUCAAGACCACCGAGGAGAUUGGCAAAUGCCUGCUUAAGGAGAUCAAGGACAAGCGACUUUCCCCCCACCUCCCUAUCAUCUUUAUUGGUCAUAGCCUAGGUGGUAUCAUUAUUAAGCAGGCUCUAUGCACGAGUGACUCCCACGACAUCGUUGAUAACACCGCGGGUAUUAUAUUCCUGGGAGCGCCACAUCAAGGUUCAUCAGUGUCUAUUGCUGGCGCUGUGCUGGCCACUCUGACAUGGUUCCUGGGAUCAGACACGACUCUGCUCCUGUCUCUGAAGAAUCAUGGAGCGCAGCUCAGCAACCUUGCGGAUGCAUUCGACUCUCGUAUAGCCGCGAGCGGACGUCGACAGCGGAAGGUUCCGAUUACAUCAUUCUACGAGACUAAAAAGACGUAUCUACUCGGGCUAUCCCUAGGUGUUGUGGUUUCACGGGAUUCUGCCAAGGUGCACGCCGAUGCCUGCGAGAGCCACAGCAUCGAAACGGAUCAUUCUGGGCUCAACAAGUGCGGCGGGCCGAAUGACGCGCUGUUCGCGGCGCUGACAGCGGCGAUACGACGCCUGAAAACCCCAUCGUUGCUCGAGCAAGCCGACACAUGGAUACGCGACAAGCACUACACGGCGUACAGGCUCAAGAUUGAACGACUCUCAGGCGAGUCGCUGCCUAUGGAUCAGUGCUACAUCAACCUAGCCAUCGUGGAACAAUCCGGCCAAGACGCAGGCCCGUCAAAGAAGGGGAACACAGUGUCGUCCCCGUUCUCCAUCCUCGCCCGACAGAAGGUUGAGACACCCGACAAGACUAUGCAAGUCGAGUUGGCGGCACUUUUCAACGAACGCAAGGGAAGAGACGACCGACCGAUGCAUCCGCGAAGAAUCUUGAUUCGAGGACGUGCGGGAGUUGGCAAGACCACCUUGUGUAAAAAGAUUAUUCACGAGUUUACUAAAGGCACGUGGGCCAAAUGGAACGAAUUGUUUGACCGCGUGCUUUGGGUGCCUCUGCGAAAUCUGAAGCUGCCCGAAAGACAGCAUAUGGCCUGCUUUCUCGCCGAGCUUUUAAAACGGCCCAACAUCAUCAUCACGUCCCGACCAUCCGCCAAGGCUCCACUGAACCUGGACCUUGAAUUGGAAACCAUUGGAUUCGGCCUGGAUCAGUCCACAAGGUCCAGUCGUUUCUCCAAGAGCGCUGGCUCAUUCAGAGCCUUAUGUGCAUCCCAAUUCAAUUAG